UCUUUUAUGUUUUGGCCUUAGGACCCCUUCACAGCAUUUCACGUUGACAAGACUCUAGUAAGGAAACACAUGGCACCACUUUUGAUUGGGGAAUUGGCACCUGACCAGCCCAGCUUUGAACCUAGCAAAAAUAAACUGUUAGUAGAAGAAUUUCGGGAGCUGCUGUCCACUGUUGAAAAGAUGGGACUCUUCAAGCCAGACCAAGUCUUUUUUUUCCUGACCCUUCUGCAUAUUUUACUGCUGGAUGCUGCCGGCUGGUUUGUGCUGUGGUAUUUUGGGACAUCUAUAACACCUUUUCUUCUUGCCACAAUGCUGCUCACCUUUGCUCAGUCUCAAGCAGGUUGGCUGCAACAUGACUUGGGACAUCUUUCAGUCUUCAGGAAUUCAAAAUGGAACCACCUUCUUCACGAAUUUGUGAUGUGCCAUCUAAAGGUAAGUAAGGUAUAUUAUUCUGGGAACGUUUCAUUUAAUCGAAGGGAAGGGAAUAUGGGAUACUGUAAAUAUACUUGAAAAAGUCUCAUCAGUAAAUAUCAAAUGUGUUGUGUUAUUUCCAACCGAGGUGGCAAAUGGGAUUUUCAUUUCCCCAUUCCCACUCCAAGAACAUAGGAAGCUCUCUUAUACUAAAUCAAACUAUUUGUUCGUCUAUCUCAUUAUUAACUGCAGCUCAAGAAUGGCAUUUCACUUAUAAUAAACAAUUUGAAUGUGAAAAUUAUCCAAGAGCCAAUCCAAAUGUAAGAUCUGAAGUCCUUCUUGGAAGUCCCAAGAUGGCAAAGUGAAAGCAUCUAGCUACUAGAGUGCUCUGGCAAAUUUUUAUUUUUACUUCUACAUUAUCAGACUAAUCUUUUAUUCAUUCCUGGUCCCUGUGCACAACGGUAUGCAACUAAUUUCCAAACAAACUGAAUGAGAACUGUUUAUUUUAUCUAUAAACUGGGUGAGAACUGUUUAUAUUUUGCCAUCAAGAGAAGAUUACAGCAUGAGAAAGAGGAAGAAACGACAAAGAAUGAAUUCUGGCAUGCAGGCAUCGCUUAAAUCAUCCCAGCAACAAAAAAUAGAUGACCUUAUGGAAUUUUAAAAGAAGGCGACUGAAGAAGUUAAUGUAAAUAAUGGCAGCACCAGCAUUAGCAUGAUUAGUAAUCCAAGCCUCGGGUACACUCCAAAGAGAUAUGAGGUGUUGAAUUGGGACUUAGAAGAUGAAAGUGUAGUGGACCACCCCACUUACAGCAGUGGGGAGCCAAAUUCCCUGGGCCCCUUAGACCUCACAGUUUCCUCUUCUGAAGCAGCCACAGCAUGUUCGGUUGCAGCGUUUACUGCAAAACGUUGGCAGGAAGAGAUUUCUAAAAAUGAGACUACAGAUCUUGUGCCAAGGCAAAGUUUACUGAUGGCACAGACUGUUCGAUCAAUUUUUGAUUAUUUAACAGAAAUAAAAGUGA